AUGGAUAAUACCAAAUGCUAUGAAUAUUCUGAACAUAAUGAGAAAAAAAAUAUUAUAAAUGAAAAACAAUAUGAAACGAAUCCUAAUGUAGAUAUAUAUAGAUAUAAUAGAACAUAUAUGAGUUAUUUAAAUUUAUAUUUCUGUAUUAUAAAUUUUAAAGAAACAAUGUUUAUAUCAGUCACUGAUGAUAAUAAUCAAAUGAAUGACUUACAAGUCUCAUAUCCCAUAAAAUAUGAGGAUGCAGACAACACAAUUUGUCUAGUGGGGGAGCCUCAUUCGUAUGGGAAUGAUAUUGCAAGAUUAUUAGGUAUGAAGUUCAAGAUUCCCUUUUACGUAAGUGUAAAUGUUGACGAAUAUGAUGAAAAUUUAACAAAUUUUAUUUUCUUAAAUUGUUUAGAGAUAUUAAAAGGGUUAUUUAAAAAUAAGGAAGAGAAUAAGUUAUAG